CCGGGCGGCCCAUUUCCUCCUCGGAGCCGGACCCGAAGGGAGACAAAGCGGCGGGCUGUGCGCUUCUCGCCUCCCGACUCCUGUGCUCGCCCAGUUCACCGCAGAAAUGACUGCUGUCCACACUGGCAACAUAAACUUCAGAUGGGACCCCAAAAGUCUAGAGAUCAGGACUCUGGCAGUUGAAAGACUGUUGGAACCUCUUGUUACACAGGUUACAACCCUGGUCAACACCAAUAGCAAGGGGCCCUCUAAUAAGAAGAGAGGUCGUUCCAAGAAGGCCCAUGUUUUGGCUGCAUCUGUUGAACAAGCAACUGAGAAUUUCUUGGAGAAGGGGGAUAAAAUUGCAAAGGAGAGUCAAUUUCUGAAAGAGGAGCUUAUGGCUGCUGUAGAAGAUGUUCGAAAACAAGGAGAUUUGAUGAAGAGUGCUGCAGGAGAAUUUGCAGAUGAUCUUUGUUCAUCUGUGAAGUGAGGCAACAUGGUUCUGGCAGCUCGUGUUUUACUCUCUGCUGUUACUCGGCUGCUGAUUUUGGCUGACAUGGCAGAUGUCUACAAAUUACUUGUUCAGCUGAAAAUUGUGGAAGAUGGAAUCUUGAAACUAAGGAAUGCUGGCAAUGAACAAGACUUGGGAAUACAGUAUAAAGCCCUGAAACCUGAAGUGGAUAAACUGAACAUUAUGGCAGCUAAGAGACAACAGGAAUUGAAGGAUGUGGGUCAUCGUGAUCAGAUGGCUGCAGCCAGAGGAAUCCUGCAGAAAAAUGUACCGAUCCUCUAUACUGCAUCUCAGGCAUGCUUACAGCACCCUGAUGUUGCAGCCUAUAAGGCCAACCGGGACCUGAUAUACAAGCAGCUGCAGCAGGCAGUCACGGGUAUUUCCAAUGCUGCCCAAGCUACUGCGUCAGAUGAUGCUUCCCAGCACCAGGGUGGAGGAGGAGGAGAACUGGCAUAUGCUCUCAAUAAUUUUGAUAAACAAAUCAUUGUGGACCCUUUGAGCUUCAGUGAGGAGCGCUUUAGACCUUCCCUGGAGGAGCGCCUGGAAAGUAUCAUUAGUGGUGCUGCACUCAUGGCUGACUCGUCCUGCACACGUGAUGACCGACGUGAGCGAAUUGUGGCAGAGUGUAAUGCUGUCCGCCAAGCUCUGCAGGACCUACUCUCAGAGUAUAUGGGCAAUGCUGGACGUAAAGAAAGAAGUGAUGCACUGAAUUCUGCAAUAGAUAAAAUGACAAAGAAGACCAGGGAUUUACGUAGACAGCUCCGCAAAGCUGUCAUGGACCACGUUUCAGAUUCUUUCCUGGAAACCAAUGUUCCACUUUUAGUAUUGAUUGAAGCUGCAAAAAAUGGAAAUGAGAAAGAAGUUAAAGAAUAUGCCCAAGUUUUUCGUGAACAUGCCAACAAACUGAUUGAGGUUGCCAACUUGGCCUGUUCCAUCUCAAACAAUGAAGAAGGUGUAAAGCUUGUUCGAAUGUCUGCAAGCCAGUUAGAAGCCCUCUGUCCUCAGGUUAUCAAUGCUGCAUUGGCUUUAGCAGCCAAACCUCAGAGUAAAUUGGCUCAAGAGAAUAUGGAUCUUUUUAAAGAACAGUGGGAAAAACAAGUCCGUGUUCUCACGGAUGCUGUUGAUGAUAUUACUUCCAUUGAUGACUUCUUGGCUGUCUCAGAGAAUCACAUUCUGGAAGAUGUGAACAAAUGUGUUAUUGCUCUCCAAGAGAAAGAUGUGGAUGGGCUAGAUCGCACAGCUGGUGUAGUUCGAGGCUGGGCAGCCUGAGUCAUUCACGUAGUGACCUCAGAGAUGGAUUACUAUGAGCCAGGGGUCUACACAGAGAAAGUUCUGGAGGCUACCAAGCUGCUUUCCAACACAGUCAUGCCCCGUUUCACUGAACAAGUGGAAGCAGCUGUGGAAGCCCUCAGCUCAGAUCCUGCACAGCCCAUGGAUGAGAAUGAGUUUAUUGAUGCCUCCCGCCUUGUGUAUGAUGGCAUCCGGGACAUCAGAAAAGCAGUGUUGAUGAUAAGGACCCCUGAGGAACUGGAUGACUCGGACUUUGAGACAGAAGACUUUGAUGUCAGAAGUAGGACAAGCGUUCAGACGGAAGAUGAUCAGCUCAUAGCUGGCCAAAGUGCCCGGGCAAUCAUGGCUCAGCUUCCCCAGGAGCAAAAAGCAAAGAUUGCAGAACAGGUGGCCAGCUUCCAGGAAGAAAAGAGCAAGCUGGAUGCCGAAGUGUCCAAAUGGGAUGACAGUGGCAAUGACAUCAUUGUGCUGGCCAAGCAGAUGUGCAUGAUUAUGAUGGAAAUGACGGACUUCACCCGGGGUAAAGGGCCACUCAAAAACACAUCAGAUGUGAUCAGUGCUGCCAAGAAAAUUGCGGAGGCAGGAUCAAGGAUGGAUAAGCUUGGCCGAACCAUUGCAGACCAUUGCCCGGACUCGGCCUGCAAGCAGGACCUACUGGCAUAUCUGCAGCGCAUAGCCCUCUACUGCCACCAGCUCAAUAUCUGCAGCAAGGUCAAGGUGUUCACCAUUCUGCACCCUUCAUCACAGGCCUGGGCCUGCACCUCCUCCUCUGCAUUCUCGGGACUUGGUACUGUUGACAGCCAGGGCUUGGGUGUGGGUUGA